AUGAAACCUACCUAUGCUUUAGAGGAUUUAAUAUUUGAAACCGAAGCUAGAGGAGCCGAAAAUGGAACGAAUGAAGAAAUGGACAUUUAUGCUCAACUUCAACAAAAAGAAAAAGAUUUAAUAUUAGCUGCCGAACUCGGUAAAGCUUUAUUAGAAAAAAAUAAAGAAUUAGAAAAGCAAAUAAAAGAAGUUACGGAAGAAAGCAGUAAAACAAUCGAGUCUCUCGAACAAGAAAGGCAUAACAUUCGAAGAAGAUUAGAAAGAGUGACGGAAGAAUGCGAUUCGAAGGUAUCCGAACUUCAAGGGGACGUUUCCGAAUUGAAGAAAACUUUAGAUUUUCGGGAAGGGCUUUUCAAACAAAUGGAAAAAGACAAAAGUCAGUUGAUAGAAGAAUUGACGGCUCAAAACCAAAGAUUAAAAGAUCAACUGAAAGAAAGGGGAAAAACCGAAGAAAAUUUAACCAGUCAAUUAAGUUCCCUUAGAGAUCAGUGCUUGUUAAAAAAAUCUUCUCUGCAAGAUCAUGUCAGUAGUUUAGAAAUAUUAAGAGACGAAGUACAAAUUCUAACCGACAAGAAAAGAGAUUUAGAAAAUCGUUUAGGACAAGCCUGCGAAGAAAGAGACACUUUAUCCGCGGCUCUGGAAGAAGCGGUAGAAAGAGUUAGAGUACUUGAAAGGCACACAAGGGAUCAGGAUUCUCAAAUAAGAUCUACUGCCAGAGAAUUAGAAAGAGUGAGAGCAGCCAACACCACGUUGGGUGAGCAACUGGAUGCAAUGCAUUCGUUGGAUUCUCCUAAACAACAAAGUUUGUUAAAUGAAAUGGAAUGCGAUGAUGGAUUCCAUUCUUCUGCUUAUUCUAGUCUUGAAAAAGAAAUAAUCGCUUGUUGCGAAACACUUCGAAAUAUUUGCAAUUAUUUGAAAAAUAGAAAUUCAGUUGGAUCUGAACCAUUUUCCGAUCAGUCGAUGCUUAGCGAUCUCAACGUUUCUAAUGUGAAAGUCGGAAUUCUAACAUCGAUUGUCGAAGAACUUGAAUCCCUUAUAAAUUUAAAUGAUGGAAGAAAUUCUGGGCUGGACUCGGAAGUUGAAACCAAAAUGGAAAUUGAUUUUCAUAGAACGAGAGAAGCACUGGAGCGAGCAGAAAA